AAAGUAUGGGUGGCUAUAGAUGACAACUAUAUCUGAAGACAGAGUAUUGCCUUAUAAUAUUUAUCCGUACAAGAAAGAAUAUUCGCUGCUGAACUUGGAAAUACCUUCUGCUGACCUCAUGAAAGAAGGCAUAAAAUUCUCUAGCUAAAUGGAUCACCCUUCCUCUGGAUGUCCCAAUCAAUAAUAUUAUGGCACUACAGUAUUAGGGGGCCAAUUCUGUGCUGCCUACUGAUAUCAAGAAAGGCUGAAAAGCAAUUAACUCUCACAGGAAUGGACCUAAAUUCCAGACAAAAUAUUCUCUUACUGGCAGAAAACCACCUCCUUUGUAGUAUCUGACUACAUAAAGAAAGUGCCUCUUGCACACUGUAAAGUGGUACAAGAGACAUGAGCCAAUUAGGGAAAGCAAAACAUUUUCACUUGAUAAGUUGUUCUGGACUUUUUUCUGCCAAAUCAGCAAUGUCUGAAAACAAAGGAGACAUACCAACCCUAGGAGACAGCCUGUCUGCCCAGGCACUCUUCUAGGAGCUCUCUUAAUUUAAUUUGGCAUGCACAUAGCAAAACUACCAUGUGUCAGAGUUUGGUAUGCCACAUAGCACACUACAACCACUGACAUUUUCAGACUCAUGAAAUCGCCAUAUGUAAAUUUUUGGCUUUAAGGAAGGUUGACUGUACGCUAUCUCCACCUCCUUAGUUAUCACAACAAUCACUUGAAUGGGCAAUAAGAACAGACCUUGUCUUGGGUAUUUUGAUAAGCUGUUGAUAAGAAAUGGGACCCUGAGUUCUUGUUGUAUAUAAGCCACAAGGGUUUCAGUGUGCCUAACUACUGAAGGGGAGCUUGACAACACUGUUCAGCAGCUCCAGAGACACACAAAAGAUGUUUCUACCAGCACAGAUGUUUGCCUUUGCUCUGAGUGGUUUUCUAAGGCUGACAAUUGGGUUUGACAUUGGAUUAUCCACUAAAUGUGUUGCCAUACCUAAGGAGAUGAGCAUGUGCCACAACAUUGGCUAUUCUGAAAUGAGGCUUCCUAACCUGAUGGGACACACAAGCAUGACAGAAGUGAUUUCAAAAUCCACUGACUGGCAGCGUUUGGCGCAAACUGGUUGCCACCCAUAUGCGAGGACAUUCCUGUGCUCUCUAUUUGCACCUGUCUGUUUAGAUACCUUCAUCCAUCCUUGUAGGAGCAUGUGUGCUGCUGUUCGUGACAGCUGUGCUCCUGUGCUGGUUUGCCAUGGACAUGCUUGGCCUGACAGUUUGGACUGUGAUCGAUUUUCAGCUGAUGAGGACAUGUGUCUAGCAUCCCUUACCAAUGAAUAUAAAUACAUUCACAAAGUAUUGCCCAAGCCUGCCUGCCAGACCUGCCCAGAAGUGGAGGAGUUUUUUACACAUAAAAGAAUCCUAGAAGUAUUCUGUGUCAGUAACUUUGCAGUGAAGGUGAAACUCUCCAAAAAGAGAACAAUUUCUGGGGACCAGGAAUAUAAUAUUGAAUGCCAGGUGGAAUUAAUUAACCAGGGCUUGCUUCUCCCCUAUGACACUCAGAACAUGAUACAGCAGUGGCUACUCAUCAAUGAAAAUUGUACUCAGUGGAUGACUCAGAGUCAUCGUCCUAUGGUGUAUCUCAUUGUGGGAAAUAUUGAAGAGAGCACCAUUUUAGUAAACCAAGUUUACCGCUGGCAGAGGAGGGACUCCCAGUUGAUUCUGGCCACACGGAAAUGGAAACACCAUAAAUGUUUAUAAAUGUUCACCGUAUAGUCUCUGGGUAUGCAAUUAUAUGCCUUAUGCAAAAGAUAUCUUGUAAAUAGCAAUGUAUUAUAAAAUGAAAUGUAAAGUCUUUAUUGUAUUUUUUUUAAAUGUGUUAUAUAGCAAGUUGAAUUCAUCCUGGGUGUAAGUGAGCAUAGUCUUUGAAGUCAAUGAUGUCCUAGCCACUUACCCCAAAUCUGAAUUUGGUCUAUCAUGUACAAAUGUGUUUCCUCAGAUUAUUAUUAUAAAUGUUAUGUAAUAUGUUUAAAUCUGCCAUAAAAAUGUGUUGAGAAAUCAUAAAGCUGAGUGUUUUUAUCUGUCUGCAGUUUGUUAGGUUUUAACAACAAACACAAGUGACAUGUCUGAAGUAUAGACAUUUAGGUUCUUAAAUAUAGAUUUAGGUAUUUAAUGUCUGGCACAUGCUUUGAAAAAAAUGGUGUAGGUGUCCAUGUAGGUAAUCUACUUCAACUUCUUGCGAUGAUAGUGUUUUUUAAAAAAAGGUGUGCCAGAUUUUUCUGAGUAAAAUGGUUUCUUCUGUGCAGACAGACAUCAGUUUGGAAAGAUAUUCCUUCCAUACAUAGGGCCUUAGCCUUUGCAGUGACAUGGUUGCCGUAGUUAGUUUUAUUUCAUAAUGACUAUAGGAAUAAUAUUUUAAAGCAUGAAAUAAGUUCAAUUUUUGAAACUCUUCUAACUUUGUA